AGCCGCGGUGGCCAGCGCUAUUUGUUGCUGCGCCGCCUCGCCCGAGUCAUGGUCCUUGCCCCGAACCUUCCAGCAGCAGCCUCCGCCGCCGCCCCGUGACGCCUGCUCCCCGUCGUCUGCCGAGCCCCGCGCCAUGACUGUCGUCUCCGUUCCACAGCGAGAUCUCGCUCUGGGCGGCCGCCUAGCGCCGCUUGGGUUCCUCGGGGCCCUCCCGAUGGUGAGCCCGGCCCCGCCGCCCUUGCCGCGCCUUCCGGACCCGCGCGCUCUGCCACCCACCCUCUUCCUGCCGCACUUCCUCGGAGGGGACGGGCCGUGCCUGGCGCCCGCGCCUCGCACCGCUGCACCGUCCAGCUGCAGCUUGGUCCCGGCCGCUGCCCCACGGGCAGCGCCCAAGAAGCGGCGGAAGAAAAAGGUGCGGGCCAGCCCGGCCGGGCAGCUCCCAAGCCGCUUCCACCAGUUUCAGCAGCACCGGCCGAGCCUGGAGGGUGGCCGCAGCCCGGUGCCGGGGCCGAUCGCAGCGCAGGAGGAGCGGGGUCCAGGGGCCACUGCCCUGCUAUACAGACAGCCCCCACUCGCGAAGGAGGUUUUAAAAUCAAAGAUGGGAAAAUCGGAGAAAAUUUCCCCUCCCCAUAGCCAGCUUGUGCAUGGUAUACACUUGUGUGAACAACCAAAGAUAAGCAGACAGAAAAGCAAAUUUAACUUGCCACUAACCAAGAUCACCUCUGCAAAAAGGAAUGAAAAUGACUUUUGGCAAGAUUCCGCUUCCUCUGAUAGAAUGCAGAAGCAGGAAAAAAAGCCUCUGAAAAAUACUGAGAACAUUAAGAAUAACCAUUUGAAGAAAUCAGCAUUUCUAACAGAAGGGAGCCAAAAGGAAAAUUACGCCGGAGCCAAGUUCAGCGACCCACCGUCCCCUAGUGUCCUCCCAAAGCCUCCGAGUCACUGGAUGGGAAGUACCACUGAGAAUCCCAGCCAGAGCCGGGAGCUGAUGGCAGUGCACUUGAAAACGCUCCUCAAAGUGCAGACCUAGGCUCCAGUCUGCAGUGUGUAUUAGACACAGAUUCCCCCGCAUCCUCGGACUGAAGGAAGUGGAUACGGCAGUGGAAAUUUGCCGUAUCGCAGCAUCCGACACAAUGAGCUUAUGUCACACAAGCAGCUUGUAUUAUAUUUUGUAUUUUGUAAAUACUGUAUACCAUGUAUUAUGUGUAUAUUGUUCAUACUUGAGAGGUACAUUAUAGUUUUGUUAUGAAAGUAUGUAUUUUCCCUGCGGAUGUGGUGGGUGUUUUGUAUAUAUACAGUGGAGAUAUUUUAAGUGGGUGCUAAGGCACGUGGAAGACUGUUUAUUUGCACAGGUACUGACAUUUUUUUAAGAACAGCUGUCAAAUCUCAAAAGUGAAGAUCUAAAUGUGAACAGUUUACCUAAUGUACUACUGAAGCUUAAGUCUGGCACAAUCACUGUAAACAUGGAGUUUGUGUUUCUCUAAAUUGACUUGACUUUUAAUCUGUAAUUACUAGAAAGCUUCCUAUUUUUACCAAACUUGACUUCUGGAUAUCAGUAUAUUGCCAUUAUUGAAAAGAUUUAAAACACCUCUAAUUUUAAAUACCAACAAAAUUGGUUGUAAUCAAAUUUUAAAUCAAUAAUAAUAAUUUGGCCUCCCCCCCCCUUUA